GCUGUGCACUGAUUAGCUGAGUUUUUAAUAGUAUUAUAGGUACAGUAGGUUUUUUUGCAGGUUGCUAGUUAAUACACUUUGCAGCUUCAAGGACAGAUGAACUUUGCCAUGCUGAAAUCUGCUUUGGCUGUAAUAUUUCUGGGUGCUACAUUAUGGCCCAGAGACUUACUUGCUCUUAACAAUGGCAUGGCACUUACCCCUCCUAUGGGCUGGUUACAUUGGCAGAGAUUCAUGUGUGAGACCGAUUGUAAACUGAACCCUGUUAAUUGCAUUAGUGAACAACUCUUCAUGCAGAUGGCAGAUAUGAUGGUGUCAAAUGGAUGGUUGAAUGCUGGAUAUAAAUAUCUAUGUAUUGAUGACUGCUGGCUAUCUCAACACAGAGAUGUGAAUAACAGGCUACAAGCUGAUCCCAUUAGGUUUCCCGGAGGCAUCAAAAAACUUGCAGAUUAUGUUCAUGCUCGUGGGCUACUGCUUGGAAUAUAUGAGGAUGUGGGUACACACACAUGUGCAGGAUACCCAGGAAGUCAAGGUUUUUAUGAGUUGGAUGCACAAACAUUUGCCGAAUGGGAAGUGGAUCUACUAAAAUUUGAUGGUUGUAAUUAUGGAACUCUGGACCAGCUGGAAGAUGGUUACCGCCAUAUGUCAAUAGCACUUAACCAUACAGGGAGAAAUAUAGUGUUUUCCUGUGAGUGGCCAUUGUAUGCCCGGGGCUUAGAAAAGGUCAACUAUUCAGAAGUUGCACAAUACUGCAACACAUGGAGGAACUUUAAUGAUAUUGAAGACUCUUGGGUAAGUGUGAAGUCUGUGAUAGAUUUUACCUCUGCCUUGCAAGAUGAAUUGGUUCCUGUAGCUGGUCCGGGAGCAUGGAAUGACCCAGAUAUGCUUGUCAUAGGUAACUUUGGCUUGAGUUGGGAUCAGCAGGUUACCCAGAUGGCGCUAUGGUCGAUUAUGGCUGCACCUUUACUAAUGUCUAAUGAUUUGCGUGAGAUCAGUCCAGAGUCCAAAGCUCUCCUCCAGAACCAAGAGGUGAUCGCUAUCAACCAAGAUUCUCUUGGUGUACAGGGAUACAGAGUUCUCAAGGUGCAAAGCUUUGACCUAUGGGAGAAGCCAUUAGCCGGAAGGACUUUAGCAGUUUCUGUGACAAAUCGUCAAGAGAUAGGUGGUGCACGCUAUUUCCUGCUCUCACAAUCUAUGCUUUGGAAAGGAUUAGGUUGCAAAAACAAGUGUUAUGUGACACAGUUACUUCCAAAACGGUAUGAAUAUGGAUAUUUGAAUGCAACUUUGCCACUGCUUGUAAACCCCUCAGGCACUGUGUUGCUGAAGGUGGAAUAAUAUGAACAUAGAAUUGCAGCUUAUCACCAAAAAUAUGUGUGGGAGAGGCUGAUGUUUGUAAAUUGGAUACAUUAUAACAUGCCAGUUUUAAGAAAUUAAUCAAAAGGGAACGUGGAUGCUAAGUCUUGUGAAGAUACAGUCAUUUAGUUUGUCCUUGUCCAGGGUCCUCUACUGAACAAUGUUCUAAAAUUUGAUGACAGUUGUACAUAAGUUGUGUUUUUUUCACUUCAAAUUUUGACUUUUCAUGUGCAACAAAAAAAUGUCAGCAUGUAUUGUGACAUCAAAUGAGGUGCAUUUUGUGAUUAUCAUACCUUGCUCUUAGAGAGGUGGAAUGGAGGUAUGAAAGCUUGGGAAAGUAUAGUCAGGGUGGUGACUACACUACUGCUGCUUAACUGGGUGCAUCUUUAUUCUGCUAGUAUUGUAAUGGGUGUUGCUAUAGUAGGAAGCUUCUAACCCUAACCUUCCCUUCUCUGCAGCCUAACCCUAACCCUUCCCAUGUAGCCUAAACCAAACCUCCCCCCACGGCCUAACCCUUAGUAGCCCCGGCAUACUAACAUUUGGGAUCCCGGUGUUCAGUUUUCUGAGCAGUGUCGGGAUUCCAGUAUCGGUUUUCCGACUGCCAGAAUCCUGAGUGGAUCCCAUAUAUUGUCGAGCAGAGAAGUGGCCGCACUUAACAAUUCCAAUAUUUAUAGUUGUAUUGAAAAUACAUACAUCAGCAGGCAAUUAGUACAGCUGUUAGCGUGUAUAAGUACAUGUUCAUGACCAACGUUUUGGGGACUGGCAUACCCCGUUAUCAAUGUCCAUAUGAGCAAAACAGCACAUUGCAGUGUAAGCAUCAAGCAACAGAUUAAACAAGCAUGCAAGUUGUUCUUACUUUUUUAAAGGGUAUCUCACCCAAUAGUUGCCUCCAGGCUGGGUAACCGCACUGGCACAGGGCAGCUGACAGUUCCCAGCGGUAUGGCUGUGUGACAUCAUCCCGGCUCCUGCAGUUGCCAAACAACACCUUGGUUGCCAGAAGAACUGUUUCCUCCGUCCCUGAGGCAACCUAGCGUAAAGAAAAGUGUAUUAAAUACAUUAGAUGGUACUUCAUUGUUUGUGCACAGUUAUACAAUGGACGAAAAUGAGAUUUAUGGUCUCUUUCUGCGAGGUACGU